ACACACUGUUCCACUAUUUACUCUCCCUUUCCAUGCGUGUGAAAUUAAUUUCGUCACAUCACUCCCCCUCCACCCUCAUGUUCCGUUCUCUGUAAUUACACCACCAAUUACGUUAAACGAGAUCCAUACUAAUAGAUUUUCAUUAUGGUAAUGUGGUACAUGUCCCAGGGUAUAUAAAAGGCAGACGUUCACUACCCCAGACAAUCACUUCACAAGUACAUUUACUCAUUUACUACCAAGAUCCACCUGUCCUGAUAUAAAUUACACACAUAACUAAAAGUGAGAUCCUCUCCCACUUGUCUUGCAACAAGGAUUUUAACUCUGAUAUUUUUAUUUGAUUGGAAGUAGAGAUCACUUUAAAAAGAUGCAGAUGAGCUAUAUUCUGCUUUGUGUCUCUUUGUGUAUCCUGUCCUCUCAACUGUCACGGACCCAUGGGAUGACCCUUAGGGGUUUAGAGAAAAGAGGAUGGACACUGAAUAGUGCUGGAUAUCUACUUGGACCAUCACUUGAUUCGCCUAAAUCACCACAUCCAGAUGCACACAGAACUCUUACUGUACGACAUGGAGGCAGUGUUGGCAAGAGGGACAGCACAGAGAACUUCAUCCUGCCAACACAUCAGCCUUCAUAUAAUGAGCCAUAUCUCCAAGCCCUCAUGGAUUUUUUUAUGUAUCUGCGCAUGAAAGACGAUGAAAGCACAGAAGACUUGAUCAGCUCUACGUUUACUGAUGACAUGACACGAUAGAAGAAAUGGCUUUCAUUAACCUUUUGCACUGAGCCAACAUUUUGCUCCUUAUAUACAUUUGAAUUCCCAAUUUAAACGAUAGUCUUUUGUAUAACUCUCAUUAAAUGCAAACAAAGCUCUUGAACUCUCUUACUCCUUCUUUAUCGAUGCUACUCUAACAAUAACCAUAGUAACAGUAGUAGUUGUAUCAGUUAUGUGUUAGUUAUUGACUUUCCCAUAUAAAUGUCCAUAUCCAUGAGAACAACUUUUUUACUAAAUGCGAUCAGUCUAUCUGCAUAGAAGAUGUCAACCGUUGAAUGACGAGUGGCAAGGCAAAGAUCUUUUUUUGUAUAAGCAAGCUUUAGGAUCUUAGUCUGCUCAGAUUUAAAGCUACAGAAGACUGCUAUGUUCUACAUCAACAAACAAUGAAAUAUAAAACUACCAUCAUAUUGAUAUGAUAUAUGAUAUAAACAUUAGCAUGAAAUAUUGGAACCUGUUUGAAUAACAUAAAACCUGUCUGAAAUAAAUAGAAUUGGAAGGAAUGUGUCCUUCCUUACAAAACCAAGAAAUGUGUCUUGAUUAAACGUAUUAAUCUGUAUUAAAUCCAUAAAAUGAUCUUCACUUCUGAGUAUUUCAUCUGGAGUGAUACACGCUUUGGAUUAUGAUGAGAUGUCUUACGAUUUGCUUGAAAAUCUGUUUUUAUUUUAAAGGGGAACAGAGUAUGCGUGCAUGACUAACAAAGCAUAACAUCAUGGUUUAGAGCUGAAUGCAAUGAUCAAAUUAGCAAAUGCAUUUUAAGUUUCAUGCCACAACCGAGACUAAAUACUUGAGAACCAGUGUUCUAGUUAAAAUUAAUUAUAAAAUGGUAAUGUAACUGUAAAUACCAUGUAAACCUGAUCUGCACAUUUGUCUCCAUACUUGAUUAAUUCUAAUUGUAAUUGAUCUAAUUGUUCUUUUAGAUUGUAUGCUUCCUUUUUAAUCUUUGAGUCAGCUGUCCAGUAAGUGUACAUAUGUAUAACAUUUUUACUUCUUCCUGUAAUUUUAUACUAUAAAAUGCAUACUCAUGUUAAUCUUUUUGGGAAUUUGACCAAAGAACACAUCUGUAUGUUUUUAAUUUACAUUUAUGGUUUAUAUUUACAAAAUGCUUGUGCAUUAGCAUAUAAAUAACUGGGCUCUUGAUUAUGUUUGCUCUCCCUAUUUAGGUUUGGGAUUAUUUAAUCCUCUGUUCUUUUAACUAUUACAAGUGUAUAUAAUUGUGUAAUGGAUUAGAGUGACUACAUUUGUUGUCAUUUCUUCAUAAAAAUUAUUACACUUAUUUCUGUCACCAGUCCUCACUGGCCUUAGGUUAUUAUUUCCAUAUAACAGUUUAUUUAUUUGUUUGUUUGUUUGUUUGUUUUAAAGGCUGUUAUGGCUCUGGAUGACUAAGUAAAUAUAAUCAACAAACAUCGGCAUUAGAUAAUAGAAUAAACUAAACUCUGCUGUGAUCAAGCAGAACUGAAACUUGAGAACUCUGAGCUCUGUGGAGGUGCAGAGACACAUUAAGCCACUUGGUGGCAGUAUGUCACCAUUGUCUCACCAGGCUAAAAAACCAAAACAAUAAAAUGUGUUAUUUUUGGUGUAUAUGAUAUGAUGGACAUUGUGUGAAAUGAAAUGUAUUGAGUUUGAUUUCCUUUGUAAAAUAGACUGCACAGGUUUUGGGUCUGGAAAAGAUUUAUGGGAUUUAACACAGCAAAUUUCCUUACAUUUAAAAGUCCCUCCAUAAACCACUUGUAAUAACAGUUAAGAAAAAUCACACUACACUAUUUUGUAUAAAAGCAUUUAUAUGAAAUGAAGACCUUAAAGAUAAGUUUUACAAACAAUCCACAUGUUCUCUGCUGCCAUCUACUUAUACAGGAGGGAGAUCUAUAAGAAUUCAAGGUUCUCUGUAGCCAGAUGUUCACUCUAAGAUGGAUGGAGUUCAUUCGCACAGAUCUGCAUAUAUCAACUAUAGAUACAGCCUUGGAUGAAGAAAAAUAGUAUCAGUCAAACAGAAGCAAAACUGCCUAAACAUCAGUUUACUUGCCAGCAUACCAGCUUUUUAUUCAUAGUAUGCAUGUGCGCAGGUUUGUAACUUGUAACUUUCUGCAUUGAAUUUUCAGUGACAAACACGGUGGUAGUAAAUGAGUGUGAAAUUAAACUAUAGAUCAUUAUGUUUGUAUUUCUAAAUGCAUGUUUUUGUAGCUCAUCUUUCAAAUUUUAUUUUAUGUAAUAAAAUAUGCUGUUUAGUUAAUAUCUGUAGCCUGCUGUAUGUUCUGGGCUCUUGGAUUAUGUUUUGUACUAUUGACAAAAUAUAUAUUUUUUACCCUGUUUAUAUUUAUUGAAGCAAGAAAACGCAUGGACAGCUUAAAACAUACAUUAAUUGUCUGUAUUGAUAUGACUCAAUAGAUAUUGUUCUUCCAAACAAGGAACUUAUUUUAUCUGACAUUGCCUCACUGUAUUAGCAACAGAUUUAAUGGUAAAUGAUAAUUAAAUACAUUUUUACUUGCUACACAGAUAAAUAAAGACACUGUCGUGAAUCUGCACCAUGUUCCAAACCAACCAGGAUAAAAAAAAUUACUUCUAAAGCUAGGCUUCUCUUCUGCCAUCAUUCUAUCAAUAAUACUAGUGAAGGUGUUCAUUGUUCAUUGAUGUAUUUGUUAAUCUCAUGUCCCUGUUUUAAAUGAGUUAUACCACUUUGAAAUCAAAUAAAUAAUCUAUUCUGCAA